UAUACUUUAAAUCAUCUCUACAUUAGUUAUAUGUAAAAGCUAUGUAAAUAGUUGUUACUUUGUACUGCUUCCAGAAUGACAAGAAAAAAUACUUUCUACCGCCCGCGCCGCCCCCAGGAGCCGCGGGGACCCUCGCGCCAUCGCCGCCGCCGCCGCCUGGAUCCCCGCACCAGGCCAGCGGAGAAGACCUUCAAGCAGCGCCGCACCUUCCAACAAAGAGUAGAUGUCCGACUUAUUCAAGAGCAGCAUCCAGCCAAAAGCCCGGUGAUAACAGAACGAUACAAGGGUGAGAAGCAGCUUCCUGUCCUGGAUAAAACGAAGCUCCUUGUACCUGACGUUCGAGACGUCAACAUGAGUGAGCUCAUCAAGAUAAUUAGAAGGCGCUUACAGCUCAAUGCUAAUCAAGCCUUCCUCCUGGUGGUGAACGGACAUAGCAUGGUGAGCGUCUCCACACCAGUCUCAGAGGUGUAUGAGAGUGAGAAGGAUGAAGAUGGAUUCCUGUACAUGGUCUAUGCCUCCCAGGAGACGUUUGGGAUGAAAUUGUCAGUGUAA